CAUUGCGACCAUAUGAAAUGUAAAUAACAACCAUUAAGUUUAAAAACAUGAGCCCACUAAACUACACCAAUAAGGUACAUUAAUAUUUUAUAUCUAGGAUUUUUGGACAUUGCAUUUAUUUAUUAUUGUACUGUAACAUAUUGCACUAUAUCAUCUACAUUUAAUUCAGCACUUCUGAACAAAAGUAUUACAGAUUUAUUAAUAACACGCAGGCUUCUUGGACUUUUACUGCACACAUAAAAUCACAUAAAAUUUGUCAAGAGGCAAAACACCUGCUGUGACAUCAGACUGGGGUGUGGCCAAAGGCACAAUUUGGGACAGCACAGCAGCAGCAGUUGUCUGCCCUUUGUGAUAGUGUUCACUUACUGUUUAAACAAAUCACAUCCAUGGCAAGUAAAAAAAAAAAAAAAAAAAAACCUUCUUCCAUGGACAAACUGUGUUGGAAGCAAAACUGCCAGAAAACAGAAGUGGCCAUCACUGUUGACUGAAAUAUUACUUGACAUCCUCCACUCUCCAUGAAAGGCCGAUACCAGUGAUUUUUAUUGUCUUUGACCAAUAUCUGGGCUAGUCUCCUCCUGAUACCAACAGGUACUUUUAAAGGCCUGGCACACCCACACAGGUGUUUUCAGUUAUUCUGAUUAGACCUCUGCUGGUAAUUACAUGUUGUCACCAAACUCCAUGUACAACGGUAAAGAUGUAAGUUUUUACAGAUGACAAAGCUGACAGGGGAGUAAAGAUGAUGUCAGUCAAGGACAAUUUGUACACAUCCGAACAGUAGUGAGAAGAGCUUCAAUCAGAACCGCAGGAGUGAAGAGAAGUGACGACUUCCAUAAUCCACAGUGCGAGAUGAUGGACUCCGAGGUGUCUGUGCUGCUGCACUGUGCAGCCUGGAGAGGCCUGCUGGAGCCUCAAGUACAAGUGGAGCUCUCUGAAAGAUUUAACAGGCGGACAGAUCCGGCUCUGGAGCGUGAAAUAGAGGCGGUGUGGACCGAGCGGGUGUCCAAGGAGCCGUGGCUUUUCAACGGGUCCAAAUUCAGACUGCACUCCUUCUGCUUGGCCUCUCCUAUGCAUGCCUCAUCCUCCUGUCUUCCUCCUAAACGCCCACCCUGCAGGGGGGCUCCUGGACCCCACGUCCCUGUCUUAGACCGCGCAGAGGAUCAGGAAGGGGAAUUAAACAGCAGACAGGAGGAGAAUUUGUGUAGCAGCGAUUCUUUGCAUGACAUUGCUCAGAACAGUCUGGACGAAAGAAACAGACCCGUGAAGCAGGCAGAAAAUGUAGAUAGUGUCAUCAACCAGACAGCCGGUGCGUGGUCACGAGCUUCCUCCACUUGUGACUGCAGAGAAUCUCAGGCCUCCACAGCUGAACUUCCUUCACACAAAAACACAGAUGAGCAAGAGACUGGGCCGCUCCUCACUCUGAGACUAGGCCUGACUUGCUACAGGGACUACCUGGGAACAAACUGGUCGUGUCGAGUGGCAGAGCUACGUCGGCGUGGAGAGGUGGAGUUUGGUGAUCCUCUGGCGCUGCUGGCUCAGCCUCUGGGUGUGGGUGCCGUCCUGUGUACAGCUGACGGCCAGGUGGUGUUGAUCAGGAGGAGCCAGAGGGUGGCGGAGGCAGGGGGGCUCCUGGACAUCCCCGGAGGUCACCCAGAGCCCAAGGUGGUGUGUGAGCAUCUGGGCCAGGCAGUGUGUGAGGAGCAGAUCAGUGUGGACAUGAUGCAGCAGAGGCCCGUCGUCUCAGAGCUGUUCUCGUCUGUGUGCGCUGAGAUCAGAGACGAGGUGAAUAUUCCUCUGAGUUCCCUCGGAGAGCCUGUCCUGAUGGGCGUCGCUCUGAAUCACACCAGCGCCGGCAGACCCAGUGCUGAGUUCUACGUCAGUUGCUCUUUGACGUCUGAUGAAGUCAGAAAGUUGUACUGGAAAGGAGGAGCAGAGGCCCACGAGUCCACAGAUAUCAUCUUCCUCAGCAGAACAGAGGUGUUGCAGCUGGACAGAAACAGCCCUCUGUGGUUGGAGCUGUGUCCUUCAGCUAAAGGAGCCGUGCUGCUUUAUCAGACAGUGGAGCCUGAUGGAGAGCGAGGCCCGAACAGACGACAUGACACUCAGCUCAUCGCAUCAGAAAAUGGAUCCGCAUGAUCAAAUGUAUAAUACACAAAGAGAAACAUUUCAUCAAAGUUCAGGGAUUUAUUACUCUUUGACUUUAAGCACUCUCUGACCAUAACUGUGCAAAAUACUGUAUAUUUUUAAUCAUUUGUACACUGUACAGUAAAAACAUGACGCAAUUUUAAAAAAAAUAUUUUGAAUAAAAAUCCUAAAAAAUGA